GUUUCGUGUGGAGGUCAGAGCGUAAGGAGUUUUGAAACAACGCCCACAACCAACACGGACCAAUGGCAGCGCGGCUCUUUGAGACGAUCGGGAAGCUCGGCCUAGGAUUGGCUGUCGCCGGAGGGGUUGUGAACUCGGCAUUGUACAAUGUGGACGCUGGACACAACGCAGUGAUCUUCGAUAGGUUUCGAGGGGUACAGGAUGUGGUCUCGGGGGAGGGAACCCAUUUCCUUAUUCCCUGGGUCCAGAAACCCAUCAUUUUCGACUGUCGCUCUCGUCCUCGCAACUUACCUGUCAUCACAGGCAGCAAAGAUCUACAGAAUGUAAACAUUACACUGCGUAUACUUUUCCGGCCAGUGGCCAAUCAGUUGCCGCGAAUCUUCACCAGCAUCGGAGAGGAUUAUGAUGAGAGAGUCCUGCCCUCCAUUACAACGGAGGUCCUGAAAUCUGUCGUGGCCCGUUUUGAUGCAGGGGAGCUGAUCACACAGAGAGAGCUGGUGUCCAGGCAGGUGAGCGAGGAUCUGAUGGAGAGAGCAGCCACCUUUGGUCUCAUCCUGGAUGAUGUUUCACUGACGCAUUUGACGUUCGGCAAGGAGUUCACGGAGGCCGUAGAAGCCAAACAGGUGUCCCAGCAGGAAGCCGAGCGCGCCAGGUUUAUCGUCGAGAAGGCUGAACAGCAAAAGAAAGCCGCCGUCAUUUCAGCAGAAGGAGACUCGAAGGCAGCGGAGCUCAUUGCAACUUCACUAGCGGACGCUGGAGACGGGCUCAUCGAGCUGCGCAAACUGGAAGCCGCAGAGGACAUUGCCUACCAGCUCUCUCGGGCUCGUAACAUCACUUAUCUGCCCUCAGGACAGUCGACAUUAUUGCAGCUGCCACAAUAAUCCCACGACACCCCAUUUUUUAUUUCUGACUCAUACGUAGGUCUUUGUAAUUGGCCCCGUUCUAUGAGAUGUUCCAGAAGAUUGUGUAUCUCCUACUACAUGAAAUGGACUUCAGCCAUAGAGCGAUUUCAAUCUUGUCCAUAUAUAAAUAUAUCAAAUUUGAAUUCAAUACAAUUGUUUCUUUUUUUUUUUUUUUCAAUGACCCAUUCUUGUUUGUAGCACUUAUAUUUGUCACAACUGAAAUCUGGCCUUAUAUCACUUAUCAAUAAAAUCGAUCGCUACGAGGACAAUGACCUAAUGACACGAGUCGGCUCACUAUUGUAGUUGAUCAUGUGUUAGUGGGUCAUGUUUUAGUAUCUGUGCAAAUAAAUUAAAAAACAAAGGAAACAAAG